AUGCCAGAGCUCGACAAGAUGCGCACAUUCCCUACCACAGUUCCGUUACCUGACCUUGACGGAGAUCUCGAGUUUCUGGACUUCUUCGACCCUUUUCUGGGAUUGCAUCCCAAGCAGAUUGAAGCCUGCGCAUUCCCACCUCUGCCGGUGAAUGCUGAGGGAUGGUCACCACUGGAGAACUUCUCGGCUUCAAGCCAGACUUCGCUGCAGGAUUAUGGCUUUCCCGACGGUCAUGGGCCGACUUUGGCCAACGCUCAGAUAGCUGAAUCUGGAGACUUGUCUUCUCACACAGCUGAUUCAUCAAACUGCGACCUGGAGCAAGGGUGGAGGCAUGAUGACGAACAGUCAAUACCGGCACAGGUUGGUAGCCUUAACGGAGCUGAGACAUAUCAAACACCUCAAAUGGAGAAACCAGUUGUCGACAAGCACGUGAAUCUCGUCUUCAGCGAAGAGGUCAGGACAGCUCUGUUGGAAGAUUUAUCCCAUCGGGUGUCCGACGACCUGCUACAAGGUUUCCGGUUACCAGGGAUUACGGCGCUGCAGAAGUGCUUGGGGACAUAUGUCGACUCGUUUCACGUCCAUAUGCCCAUAUUUCACUUACAGACAUUGAAACUUUCAUCUACCCCUUCGCCUUUGCUGCUGGCGGUCUGUGCCAUUGGAGCCCUCUACCGCUUGGAACGGAAAGUGGCAGCGUCAUUGUACCUGAUGGCAGACCAGGCGCUUUGCGCCACUGUUGAUCGUCGUGGCCGGCCGAACCAGAAACCGCGGCUAUUAGAGGAUUGGACCCAACCUGUCACCGAGGAGCCACGUUCGCAUCGGGAAUGCAUAUGGACUAGUCAAGCACGGCUUCUCCUCUCAAUGUUCGCAUGCUUCAGCGGAGAACCCGAUGUGGUUGCAAAAGCUAUUGUACAGUUGGGCGAGUUCCUCAUUGUAAGUUGUUGGGCUAGAUUGCUAGCCAGAUGCUAA